CUGAAAGUGAUUCAUGUUAGAGUCUCAAUAGAAAUCAUAAUUGCAGGGAUAUUUGUGUUCUGUUUUUAUAUUCAUAAUAUACUUACAGGAGAAAUACCAUGGCGGAGGGAGAAUUUAAAUUGGAAUUCUUUUACACUGUCAACAUUCUAAAGUGUUGGUGUAUAAACCUACUGUAAGACAUUAGAAAACGAUUCCCAGUUUUCCUCUGACUUUCCAUACCAAAUAAGCAAUCAUUUGUUUUCAGUUUGUAUUCAAUAUUUGUCUUUUGUGCAAGACCAUCACAGUAGUUCUCUGGAAUGUUAAAAACAGUACCCUGGGCUCUAACAAGUGGAUGUUAUAUAAUUAAAUGGGAAGAUUCCAUAGUAUUAGAAAAUUACCAUUUAGCAAUGUAGUGAGUCUGUUAAGCCGUGGAAGUGAUUUUAUGAAAAUCAACAAAAUGCUGAUUUUUCUUCUAAUUGUAGAUCCAUGUUAAAAGAAAAAGAUGCUAUUUCUUGGUAGCAUUUCACAUUGGCUUGCUAAAUACUUAAUUUAGAAAGGCAUUCUCUUCAGUUUAGACAAUACAUGUAAAGAUGAUACAUAUUUUUUACUUUUGUUUUUUUAAAUCUUUAUUUAUUAGAUUGCCUUCCAGAAAUCAGACUAACAUGCUGGCCUGUAAGUGAUUUCAGUGGGUCUGUCAGCAGAAUCAAGAGAGAAGGUCACUUGUUUUUCAGAUGACAUGCUGGCAUGACAUUGGUUCCUAUUGCCUUAAUGCUGUGUAUUCCUUCACUUCCAGCUCAUGGUUCCAUACUCAUGCUCAUGCUUUGAAGUAACUCAGGUGUAUGGAAAGUUCCAGUAUACCAGGAUGUGAUGUACCCAAAGUAAAUUUGAAAGAGAAAUUGUGACCUUAACUAUUUUAGAGGGUGGGGUGGAGAGAGUUGGUAUUGAUCUCUGUAGAAUCUGUAAAGUGUGUUAGCCUCUCCUUGCCUCAAAGGUCCACCUGUUCUGGGAUUAGCAAAACAAGUAACUAGACCCAUCAAUCACAUUAAGUACCUGGGGAGAAAGAAGUAACAAAUUGACAGCCUUCCUCUGUAGCGUGUAUGAAACAUUAAGUAUUGGUGAUCUGUAUGAGAUGAUAUGGGACAGUAAAUGGGAGCUGUUAACCCUUAAUGUCGGGACUUUGUGUUUUGCAACUGAAAUGGCAAUUACUUGAUUAAAAUAAGAAAACUUGUUUAAAAUCUCCAGAGUGUUAUGACCCUUAACCAGAUACUCCAAAACAUUUAUUCAAGCAAGAUAAGGUACUCUGAAUCUUUUCUUGUGAGGAAACUUGCCUGCCUUAGUGAUCUAUACUGUAAUUCUUAACUCCCCUCGAAUUCAUGUAUAACAAAGUCCAAGUCCGCAGCUUUAUGAAGAACCUACUUCAUGACACAUGUGAGGAGUGCAAGUACUGAGUUUUGGUAUGUUGGGGGCUUACAAAGCUUGGUUUUGUAUGAACAGAAACUGUUCAAAAUGCCAGAUUCAUGAUGCAUGCAACAGUAAAGGUCACCAACUUGGAAAAUUAAUAAUAUGGUUCAUGUUGACAUUUCAGAGGGAAUGCAGAUUGGAGUGAGCCACACCCCAGUCUGUUCUGGUGGUUCCCAUGGACCUGCAUUUUUCACUGCAUUGAAACACACAAAAUCAGCAGUGUUCCCCUUUUCUCCACGCCAGCCAAAAUCCUUUCUAUGGUAAAACUGAGAAAAUGUUUGUAAUCUUCAGCAUUUGAUUGUUUGUUAUUAAACAGAGCCAGUGAGGGUCAGAGUGGGGCUUUUAGUGUUCAUCUGCAUUUUAGAAGCUGUAUUUUGUCUUCUGGUCAGGUUGUGUUCCCAAAAGACCACGGGAGUCAGAGUUAGCACAUUUUACAAAUAGGUUCCUGAUUCUCCAAAAUAUUGCCUGUAGUUAAGGAAACUUAUUAUGACCCUGUGGCCUUCACUACUUUUCUUUGGCACUGCUGUGGGAAUCAGUUCAAGGAUAGUUGUAAGAACAUAGAAGUGAAAAACAGGGAUAAAGAAAUCCUAACUUGAGCCAGAACAAACUUUUUUUAGAUUCAAUAACAUAAAGCCAGAAUCUCAAGAAAUAACGAAGAUGUUACUUUUCAUAAAGUCACAUAAAAUGUGAAGCUUCUAAGUGGAGAGGAAAUUGUAAUUACACCAUUGUUUCUGUCUUGUAAACCAUUCGGCCAUUAACAGUGAGGUUAAAGAGCAUUAAUUCGGACAUCAAAUUUCUUGUGAACUUGGAAUUUUCCUUGUCAAAAUUAAAAUUUGAAUUUGUUGCAUUUUCCUAUAUAUACUAGAAACUUUGGGGAAGUUUUUAGUUUGUUUAAACUUUGGGGAAAAUAAAGCACUAACACUGUGGUAAGGAAUAUGCAUUGUAUUUUUCUUGAAAUAAAAUAGAAGAUGUGCAUAUUUACCCCUGUGUUUACUCCUCCUCCUUCUACUUCUCUUCUUCAGUCUCGUAUCUCUUCCAUUUCCUCUUCUCUCUCUCCUCUUGAUCCCUUUUGUUUCUUUCCUCCUUCUUUCUUCUUUUACCUCAGUACCAUUAUUAGUAUUAUCAAUUAUUGAGUUACAUUAGCACUUAGGUGCUGAAGUCAGGAUUGGGAUCACGUUUUGCUAGGCACUAUACAAAAACAUAGUAGCUGUCCCUGCUCCAAAGAGCCUACAACUUAACAGACAAGAUAAACAAAGGAUUGGAGGGGAAACAGAGGCAGGGUGAGGUGUAAUGACUUGCCCAAGGUGGCACAAAGCAGGUGAGGAGGAUAGCAAGGAAUAGAAGAUGGGUGCAGAGCCCCACCCCAGUACCCUGUCCAGUAGACCACCCACCUCACAUCUUUUCACCUCUUUCUGCUUUCUAUUUUUUGUGUUCCUCAUCCAUUUGCUCUUUUCCAUCUUAAAUACACUCUGAGUUGGAGUGACAUUUUGAGACUGUUCUGUAGCCAUAAACAUUUCUCUUCUGAUACCAUUUACACUGGUGAAGCAUCACUGAUUUCAGUGGAAUGUCUCCUGACUUAUACAGGAGUAUGUGAAAUCACAAUUAGGCCCACUGGCUUCACAUACCAGAAGAAUACAUGUAUGUUCAGGUUAGGCACCAAAAUAUAUAUUUAAAAAAAUGAAUGUAGACAGGGAAAAGGCAAUAUUUGGUGCAUUUGUGUUGUAAUUUACAUGCUGCACAAAUCUAACUCGGAUACUAUAGAGAUAAGACACAUCUCCUAUUAGUUCUUAAAGGACUACAUCAGCUAUUUUGCUGGGCCCAGUAGUCUGAAAAUGUGAAAGGUAAGCAGUGCUUUUCACCAUGAUGAGUAACCUAUUUGAAGGUAUAGUUUCUAAAUAGACUUGAUGUAUCUAAGGCUACUGAUAGCCAGGGUCAUCUUGCUAUGAUGACUCUGGAGGGUAAAAGCACGAAGCUGAUGUAUAGACUGUUAAAUCAGUACUGAAAGCAGGUUGGAAAUUGGCUUGCAAUGGCAGAAAAAAACAUAAAGUAGCAGUAGUCCCCUUUCCUCUUUCCCAAGCGCAAUUUUUUUUAACUUUGAAACUGAGAAAAUUAUGUUUGCUUAAACUUUUAAAUUUAAAAUUUUCCUCACUCUCCAAUAUUUUAGUUUGUUCCCAGGAAAAAGUGCUUCUUAUCUUUCAGGCUUUUAGAUUGAGGGGCUUGACAUAAUGGCACAUGUGGCAUCCCUAACUUAGAAAAUCCACUCUCCUAAAUCACAAUCUCCAGUAGCUAAUUAAAAAUUAGAUGAACUGCCUUCUUGCUCAGGGCAAAUAUUGGAUUUCUUGGAUGGUAACGUAUGGAUUAAACUUUGUUACUUCAUACAUUUUAUUAUUCUGUAGGGGCGGCAUCAUAGUUGUCCAAGAAUAAGUGGUUACCCACACAAAAUGAUCCUGCUAGGGAUUUAAGUACACAGUGCAGAAAAUUCAGAAGUUACAGUUUUUCCAGAGCAUUUGUCCUUUUUUGCACACUCACUCAUUAAUAUUCCUGUGUAUAUUGAUGAUUUAUGCCCAUCAUGGUCAACAUGCCCCCUUUGUCCAGGGCAUACACGCAUGUUGGGUGAUUCACCUGCACGCACCCACGUUCUCUCAUCACCUACAAUUCAAGCUCACACAGCCGCUCUUCUUUAAGUGCUUGUUGAUUUCUCCUUCCCUCUCUUUUUCUGGGUGCAGGACUCUCCUUGGCUUCGCCUGAGAAUCCUGGCCUCCGAGGGUCCUGGUUUUGCCUGAGAGUAAGAGCAGGAAGCAAGCACUAUCUGCCCCAUUUAUAAAUGUAGUAUAAAUCCUUACUGCUCUUAUUCAGGCAAACGGGUUCCUUCAGGUUCUGGUAAGGGGGGUCUGUAGCGAGUACUGUGUUCCAGGUCACAUGGAGAGUUAGAACUCUAACCAGUAGCUCUGAUGCUUUUCUCCUCUGAUGGUCUUUUUUUUCCCUCCCCAUGCACCAAUUGGACUCAUGUUCUGAAGUGGAGAAGCUGGGAAGAUCUCCUACUGCUUUCCCAAGCUCAUGGGAGGAGCAGGGAUGGGACAGAGAAAGCUCCCAAGGGCUCCCUCUGGCCCUGCAAUGACAUCCUUCUGCCUCCAAGGGAGAGGAAUGAAGGUUUCCCUGCUGCUCCCCUUUCCUUGACUUCUUUGAGAGGACAGUGAAAUUUCCUCUUUCCAGAGGAAAAGGGGAGUGAGAUAGUAGCACCCCUUAUGAAAAAUCAACAUCAGAUAUAUGUUGGGGAAAGGAGGAAAGCGGAAGUUUGACGAGCAUGAAGAUGGGCUGGAAGGCAAAGUGGUGUCUCCUACUGACGGUCCAUCUAAGGUGUCUUACACCUUACAGCGCCAGACUAUCUUCAACAUUUCCCUUAUGAAACUUUAUAACCACAGGCCAUUAACAGAGCCAAGCUUGCAAAAGACAGUUUUAAUUAACAACAUGCUGAGGCGAAUCCAGGAGGAACUCAAACAAGAAGGCAGCUUGAGGCCUGUGUUCAUCACCACUUCACAGCCUACUGACCCUCUGGGUGACAGCUUUCGAGAGGCUCAGCCUGCGUUCAGUCAUCUUGCCUCUCAGCCAGUUCACCCCACUGACUUAGUAAGCACUACACCAUUAGAGUCUUGCCUCACCCCAGCCUCUUUGCUUGAGGAUGACACUUUUUGCACUUCCCAGACUGUCCAACAUGAUGGUCCUACAAAACUACCACCUCCAGCUGUCCAACCGGUAAAAGACAGUUUCUCCUCGGCCUUGGACGAAAUUGAGGAGCUCUGUCCAACACCUACCUCUACCGAGGCAGUAGUAGUAGCAGCAACAGAAGCAGCAGCAACAACGGAUGACUCUAAAGAUAACUCCAGUGAGUCUAAUGUUCAAAAGUCUGAGGGAGUCCAAGAGAGCAGAACAAGUGAAUCAAAACUCAUGGACUCUUUACCCGGCAAUUUUGAGAUAACAACUUCCACAGGUUUCCUUACAGACUUGACCUUGGAUGAUAUUCUGUUUGCUGACAUUGACACAUCUAUGUAUGAUUUUGACCCUUGCACAUCUGCUACAGGGGCUGCCUCAAAAAUGGCUCCUGUCUCAGCAGAUGAUCUCCUAAAAACUCUAGCCCCCUAUAGCAGUCAACCAGUAACCCCAAAUCAGCCUUUCAAAAUGGACCUCACAGAACUGGAUCACAUAAUGGAGGUGCUUGUUGGGUCUUAAAGUAUAACGACUUUUUAUGUACCAGUAUAUACACUUGGUAGUAUUUUCACAACCCUUCCCUCCCUCCCCGCCCCUCCAAAUUCACAGCACUGUGCAUGCGUCCUUGCUUGCCUUUUUUUAAAAGAAAAGGAUCACACUAGUUUUUGCUUCAAGCAGAGUUGGAGUGCCUUCAUCCAUGUAUGACCACUUUCAAUGUAUUUUUUUAAAGUGGUUCCUCAAGGAAGACCUAAUACCCUGGUAUAGGAAAGAAUACAUAUUGUAGACAAUAUUACUAUGAUAUUACGACAAAAAAAUUGAAUUGUAAAAGCUAAGCACAAGGAUUAUGUUGGGGAAAGCUGUACAUUUGCAUGUGCAUAUUUGUCUAUUUUUUCUAUAAGUUUUAUUGCAAGAGGUAAAAAAUUUAUUAUUUAGAUAAUCUCAGUACCUUUUUGGCAUUUUAGCCCUGUAUAGGUUGACUUAGCAAUUCAGCCCUUUGGAGGCAUUAACUAGUCUUCUUUAAGUGUUGCAUUUACAUGGCUGUUUAGAAACUGCUGCCCAAAUUUAUUUUAUAUUUUUGUACAGAUUCUGCAGUUUAUUAUAUUGUUUUUUCUAAAAACAAAUGCUGUUUAUACACACAAAAAAUAGCUAUUUUGAUAGGGUUUGCUCACAUAGUUCCUGCAUAAUUGAUGUACAAGAACCACUUGUACUUUUAUACAGAGUUGUAAUGUUUUAUAUGUGUAUGGUGCAAAGAGAAAAAUGGAUCAAAUAAAUCUGCAGUUAGGUCUCCCUGAAUGCAAACAGUGCUUUAAGAAAGGGCUGGGGUCUGUUUCACAAAUAUUUACUCGCUGCUGUAGCCACCUGUGCACUACUGUGAUUUGAAAACCUAGAGCCAUAUCGACUCCAAGACCUAUGUUAAACAGUUGGCAGGAGAUAAUUGUGAAACUUCGUUCUAAGUGUUCUCUUGUGAGAUCAAGGCUACUGAAAACCUGAUCCCGAAGCCAGUAUGUCAAGCAAAUGUAUAAUCUUUUUCUUUUUAAGCAAAGUUUUUGUUUGUUUUUUUCUAAAUUUGGAACAGCCAAUUGUCUUUGUUACUUGAAAUGUGUUACCUUUUUAGCAAGUCGGCAUUUCCUUAGCUGAAGUUAUUGCGAAUGAUUUUAAUGGGAAUAUACACGCCAUUUACAAAUACAUCUCUUUGUAAUUUUUCUUAAAGAAGGUAUACAUGGUAUUUAUUCCAAUUAAUUGGUGUUCAAGAUUCCACUUGCCCUUUCUUGGAGCAUUCUUUCUCCCUCACUGUGUUAAUAAGUGCUGAAAAAUGCAACUUCAGUAUUACUGCAGUGAAGCUCAUCUCUUAUCUGCACUGGAUGGACUUAUUUUAGUAUCCAUUGCUGUUGAAACUGGAGCCAGUCGUGUUACAUCACUUGGCAUCUCCUGUAGGGUUCGUUUCUUGUAUCAACCGCGUUACCUGCUUUACACUUUAUAGACCUGUUUUACAAUGAAUAUACAGACACGGCUUUCUAUGCAUGUUUCCUUCCCCCGUAACACCUGAGAAGUCUUCUCAUUACUGCACCAAUAGCGUUUUUGUAUUCAUUGUGGUGUACAUUUAAUUUAAAAAAACGUUUGCAAUGUAUCAUGCCUGUUGCUAAACCUGCUAUGGCAUUGUAGUUUUUCAAUGGUACUUUAGCUGAUGAGUGCAGGUUACAACCUAUAUUGUUGACAUGCCUAUGGCUUCCUUAGGAAUAACUUUUAUAUUUAUUUAAGAAAUUUUAAAUUAUGUUUUAUGUCAUUUGGCAAUAUUCAGUCAAUUCUGCUCCCUUCUUGUCAUGGAUAAAAUUGGGUCUUGUCUGCCUUUAAGAAGGCAGCUUUAUAAAUUGGCACUUUAAACAGGCCAUAUAUAUUUACUAGUAAAUAUAUAUAAUGCACACACACAACACAAAGCAAAUAAAUUUUGCAAUGAAGGAACUGCUACUCUAAAUGCAAUGCAUCAUGUACAAUUAGGAAAUGCUUCUAGCUCCUAAUUAAUCAGCCAGUUUUAGUAUAUUUUAAAGUGAAUUACUAACUCUCUGACACAACAAGAUGUUGAUAUAAUCGCAGUUGUUUGCUUCCAAUAUAGUAUUUUCUAACUUCAAACAGAAUGGCAACAACCAACUGUAGAAUUAGGGACCAUUUUUAAUUGCCGGCGCAGGGCCAGCUGGGGAAGGGUCGCUCUAUUUUGCAUCCAGUAAUGUUUGGCUGUUGUUCAUUCAGCAGCUUCCAUUCCUUGUAAGAGAACAAUCCUGCCACACUCUGCAACUUUUGUAACUGGAACACCCAAGGAACCAUGGCUACAAGGUGUAUCAAUCUGUAUACAGAAACCUAAAGCCAUGCAAUAAUGUUGAUAGUUCAGAACAAUAACAUGGUAAGCAGUUUGAUUAUCGUUGUUCUAAGUUAUUGUAAAUCAGUUCUUAACAACUGCCCUUUCUUUGGAUUAGUUAAUUGUGUUUUUAGACAAGCACCAUAUGUUAAGCAACAGUUCAAAUAAACGCCAUUAUCAGAGCAGUGAACUGUUGUUUAAAAGUGGUUGUUUGACGUCUCUUUGUAUUUGCAGACCAGGAGAAAGAAUCUCAAAAUACUCUUUACCACUCAAAAGAAAUCUGUGUAUUCUUGGUAAUAAAGUAGGGAAAUCCUUAAUAAUAGAGUACUUAAAGGAAAUUGUCAGGAGAUACACAAAGAGCAAAACACCUGAUUUAUAAAAUUAGGCAAAAGGUCGGUAAUUCUUAUUUUGAACUGUAACCUUUAAUUCUAUAGAUUGAAAUGCUUGUUGGAAUCUUCUGCUUUGGCAGUAACUUUCUUUCUAUAGCAUGGCCUUCUUGCAAAGGUCUGAGUACAACAGUCAAGAUAAGAAUUCUUUAUAAAAGAUGAAUACCCAGGUGAUGUAUAUUGACCAUGAUGUGCAAUGAAGUGACAAGAUGGGAGCAGAAUAAAAGAGCUUUGGAUUUGAAGUGAUUUUUUCAUAAGUUAUUUAUUCCUUUUUUUCAUUGUAAAUAUAUUUAUUUUAUUGUGAAGCUAACAACAUCUGGAUUGUAACAUGUACAGAAUGUAUGGUAGGAAUGUAUUCUCUUGUAGGAAUGUAAAUCUGUAUGGAAAGGGGAUGGAAGCCUGAUUCAGAGAAAAUGCAUUGGGUUCUAUUGAGGAUAUGCACGGUUCACAUUAGUUUUCCCCCACACACACACACACUCUUUUCCAACAUGGGUCUGGUUGUUUGAAAUAUGCAAAAAGUGUGGGUGAGGGAGACUUUAAUACUCAAAAUUAGUCCUAAAAAUCAGACUCUUAAUGCGUCAGUUCCUUUAAAGGGGCCUGCUCUUGCACCCUUUAAAGUCAGAUGGAGUCGUGGAUAGAAGCAGCAGCAAGUUCAGCAUACCACCGCUGUUCCUUUAAGGGUUGAUCUUGUAAAUGCAUGAGGAAGGGCAGGUCUAUGCUACCGCUUAAGUCAAUCUAACUUAUGUCGUUCAGGGGUGUGAAAAAGCCUCCCCCCGGGCAACGCAAGUUUCGCUCUGUCCAGACCAGCACUAUAUCGGUGGGAGACACUCUCCCGCUGACGUAGCUUUGGCGUCUCACCGUGGUGGAGUAAUUCUCAUUGGGAGAGCGCUCUCCCGUCAGCAAAGCAUGUCUUCACCAGACGCACUACAGCGGCGCAGUUGCAUUGGUGCAGCUGCGCCGAUACAGCGCUGCAGUGUAGACUUGCCCUAAAUCUUUACUCAUGCAAGCAGUCCCCGUGAAGUCUGUGGGGCUAUAUGAGUAAGAGUUUGCAGGGUGGUGCCCUUACUCCAGAAAGUGCAACAGAACUGACACUGCAUUUGUGCAAACUGGUAAGAUGCAGACAAAAAGUGGUAAAUGCACUUUCCAAGUGCACCAUGUCUUUUUGCAUGGGUUUUGAUUUUACUAUUGCUUAUUGGGCCUGAUCAGGCAGUCCUUGCUCAUACAUAAUUCGUGUAGUUCUCAGUGGGAAUGUUGCCAGCAAUACAGGAUUGGGCCCCAAUAACAGUCCCUGCUCAGAGUCCUAGUGGACUGUACAUAUCUGUAUGCAAAGCAAGGAGAGAUUCCUUUUAAAAGAAACUUCGAGGAGCAGUAAAGUAUUACAAAUUGAAGGCAUCUGUCUAUUUAUGUUCCUCGCAGUGAGCUACAAAAUAAGAUGAUCGAGACGCCACCUGAAAUGCCCAGUGUGAGAAUAAACUCUUAGCUUGUGCUGCAGCCAUUGUAGUUUUCUUCCUGCUGUAUGUUAAUUGCCUUCAGUGUUGUGAUUCCAAAGUUUACACAUGCUUCAAAUUGUAAUGGUUCCUGCCUGAGAAAUGGGUUCAUUCACUCCGAAGAGGCGUGAACGUUGAUUUAAUUUUGAACAGAUUUCGGCAUCCUGCUCUUGUGAAAGUUGCUUUCAGUGCUUACGUUAAUGAGUCUGAAUGUUUCUCAGAAAUUAGUUCAUUUUAAGCUUCCCCUCCCCCCUCUUUCAGGAAAUAGGCCUAAUGCAAAUUCUAAAAUCCUUUUUUAAAAAAAACAAAAACUUUUUAGAGGGUUAACAAUGUAAUCCAUGCUAGAAUCUGUAAAGGCAGAGAUUCUGGAAAAGGUGUAUAUAUAUGUAGUGUGACAUGUUCAGUGCAUGGUGGUUGAACAGGGCUUGUUAUUGUCAAAAAGAAGGCUGUAUUUUUUUUUCCCCCACAGACCUUAGCGCUGUGCCUUUUCUAUGCAAUAUUACAGACAUAUACAUUUGAACCCAGAUUACUGUAUUCACAUGUAGGUAUGGGCUGUAAUCAAAACAAUUGGACAAAUGUACAUGGAAAUGAGCAGUCUUACUUUUGUAGUUUUAUAUUAUACAAUAAACAAUUAAAAGAUACAAAA